GACGCCGAUCCUGGCCAGGCCAGUAUGUCGUCGUAGCCUACGGUCGAUCUUUGUUUGUGCGUGUGCUCCUUGGUUUAUUUAGUACCGAUUCGGUUUACUUAGUCAUUAUUACGUUUCUCACCGUGGCUCCUGCUGAAAAACGCGGCUCUAGCAGCCCUCCAUCGGCAAACAUGCUGGUACCGCCCGAUAUGCUAGCGGCGCAAUCCAAGAUGGUAUAUCAGUUAAACAAGUACUACACCGAAAAGGUUCAGUCCCGCAAACUAACCAGUGCAAAAACGAUCCAGGAAGUGUGUCGCGUCGUUCAGGACGUUCUUAAAGAGGUUGAAGUUCAGGAACCUAGGUUUAUAUCAUCUCUAACCGAUUACAACGGACGUUAUGAAGGUUUGGAGGUUAUUUCACCUACAGAGUUCGAAGUGGUCCUCUACUUAAACCAAAUGGGAGUACUGAAUUUCGUCGACGACGGAACGUUACCAGGGUGCGCCGUACUGAAACUAAGCGACGGAAGAAAGCGUUCCAUGUCCCUGUGGGUCGAGUUCAUAACGGCUUCAGGUUAUUUAUCAGCUCGGAAAAUGCGUUCCAGGUUCCAAACGUUAGUAGCGCAAGCUUGCGACAAGUGUUCCUACAGAGACUCAGUUAAAAUGAUCGCCGAUACUACCGAAGUGAAGCUGCGCAUCAGGGAACGUUACGUCGUACAAAUAACUCCAGCUUUUAAGUGCACGGGACUCUGGCCGAGAUCUGCAGCACACUGGCCCUUGUCCCACAUACCUUGGCCCCAUCCAAACUUAGUCGUAGAAGUGAAAACGGAAGGUUUCGACUUGUUAUCCAAAGAGUGCAUUGCCUUGCAAGGAAAACAAUCAGCCAUGGAGGGAGACGCCUGGGUUCUGUCCUUUUUAGAAGCCGAGAACAGACUCCUCCAAGGAGGAUUCCGUAAAAGGUGUUUGAGUAUACUCAAAACGCUAAGAGAUCGACAUCUAGACUUACCUGGCAACCCAGUUACGAGCUACCAUAUGAAAACCCUCUUACUGUACGAAUGCGAGAAACAUCCCCUUGAAAGCGAGUGGAGUGAAGCCUGUAUAGCAGACAGAAUCAACGGGAUAUUUCUUCAGCUCAUAUCCUGUCUUCAAUGCAGAAGAUGUCCUCACUAUUUCCUACCAAAUAUGGACUUGUUCAAAGGAAAAUCGCCCAGUGCUCUGGAGAACGCGGCUAAACAAGUAUGGAGACUGACCAGAGAAAUGCUGACCAAUUCGAGGUGUUUCGAGAAAUUGUAGCACUCUUAGUAAAAUUGUUAAGCUAGUCCCCCCGUAAGUACCUUUAAUAAGAUUGACAAGUUAGGGACUAUAAAUUUGUGUGAAAAAUAAUACUGUGCGUAACAGUUAAACUAUAGCACUAGAUUGUAAUGGUAUGUGUCUGUUGUGUUUAGCCGUCGGAGACGCGUGCUAUCCAAUGUUAAAGUAGUUCGUGUGGUUAAGAAGUAUAGGUAUAUAUCAAUUUGACUGUGAUUUUGUUAGUACAUAGACUGCUUUAAAUUGUAAUGUUUUAUAGGUAUGGUAUUUUUAUAUCGUAAAUACAAUGUUAAUAAAAUUUGGUAA